AUGGCCUCUACAUCGAACCAGUCCGUUUACCGGGCUACCACCACUGCCCCGGUCAACAUUGCCGUCAUCAAGUACUGGGGAAAGCGUGAUACCACUCUCAACCUGCCUACCAACUCUUCCCUCUCGGUCACUCUCUCCCAGAAAUCUCUCCGCACCCUGACCACCGCCUCCUGCUCCGCCAAGUACCCCUCUGAGGAUACCCUGAACCUGAACGGCAAGCCCCAGGAAAUCCAGUCCUCCAAGCGCACUCUCGCUUGUCUUUCCAACCUGCGUGCUCUGCGCAGGUCCCUUGAGGAUGCCGAUGCCUCAAUCCCCAAGCUCUCCACUCUCCCCCUCCGUAUCGUCUCCGAGAACAACUUCCCCACUGCUGCUGGUCUUGCCAGUUCCGCCGCUGGCUUCGCUGCCCUCGUUCGGGCUGUCGCCAAUCUCUAUGAUCUCCCUCAGUCCCCUCGCGAGCUCAGCCGCAUUGCGCGCCAGGGAUCUGGUUCUGCCUGCCGCUCCCUGAUGGGCGGUUAUGUCGCGUGGCGCACCGGUGAGCUCGUUGACGGUAGCGACAGUCUCGCUGAGGAGGUUGCCCCCGCUUCUCACUGGCCUGAGAUGCGCGCCCUGGUCCUGGUCGUCAGCGCCGAGAAGAAGGAUGUUCCUAGUACCGAGGGUAUGCAGACUACCGUCCACACUUCAGACCUCUUUGCCACACGCGCCGAGGCCGUCGUUCCCCAGCGUAUGGAUGCCAUUGAGGCUGCUAUCCGUGAUAAGGACUUCCCCAAGUUCGCUGAGAUCACUAUGCGUGACUCCAACACCUUCCACGCCACCUGCCUUGACUCCUGGCCCCCUAUUUUCUAUAUGAACGAUGUCUCCCGUGCCGCUGUUCGCCUGGUGCACGACAUCAACCGCGCUGUCGGCCGGACCGUCGCCGCUUACACCUUCGAUGCCGGCCCGAACGCCGUCAUCUACUACGAGGACAAGGACUCCGAGCUGGUCGCCGGCACUGUCAAGGCUAUCCUUGGUGCCAACACCAUUGGUUGGGAGGGUGCCUUCUACGAGAGAGUGGCCAAUGUCACUGCCCCUGGCGUUGCUCUUGAGAACAUUGACUCUCGUGUUCUGGAUGUUCUCAAGGAUGGUGUCAGCCGUGUCAUUCUGACCGGUGUUGGUGAGGGUCCUAUCACUGUUGAGGACCACCUUGUGACUGAGACUGGCGAGAUUGUUUCCCAGUAA